GGCCCAUCCAUCCGCCUCCAGAGGUGAGGCAGCCGCUUCCUGGCUUCCUCUCUUCCUCUCCUCCCUGCUUCGGCCGGACGGAGCUUGGCUUGUUUGGCGAUGCAGCCCUUGGCUUGUGUUUAAUCAGGUCUUGAAGAUCGCAGGAACGUCUUCGGAGUUUGGCUUGCUUGAGUCGGGAGGAGGAUGAGUAAACUCCAGAAGUUUUUCAAAGGCGGCGGCGGCGGCGGAGGCGGCGGCGGGGGGAGGAAAGGCAAAGGGGGCCCCUCUCCCCAGGAAGCCCUGGCCCGGCUCCGGGAGACGGAGGAGAUGCUGACCAAGAAGCAGGAGUACCUGGAGGCCAGGAUCGCCAAGGAGCUGGCCCUGGCCAAGAAGCACGGCACCCGCGACAAGAGAGCUGCAUUACAGGCACUUAAAAGAAAAAAGAGAUAUGAAAAACAGUUGACGCAAAUUGAUGGGACGCUUUCUACUAUUGAAUUUCAACGUGAAGCACUUGAGAAUUCCUACACCAACACAGAAGUUUUCAAAAAUAUGGGCUAUGCAGCCCAAGCUAUGAAAAAAGUACAUGAAAAUAUGGACUUGGACAAAAUUGAUGACAUGAUGCAAGAUAUCACUGAACAGCAAGAUAUUGCUCAGGAAAUUACAGAAGCUCUUACAAGAAAAAUGGGGGAUGACUUUGAUGAGGAUGAGUUGUUAGCAGAACUGGAAGAACUUGAACAAGAAGAACUCAAUAGUAAAAUGACCAAUGUCCGAUUACCAAGUGUACCUGCUACUCCACUACCUACCCAUCCUGCAUCUUCAAGGAAGAAAGUGGAAGACGAUGAUGAUAUGAAGCAUUUAGCAGCAUGGGCGUCUUAACAUUGGUUCAGUGGAUGCCAUGGAAGGACCUCAUGAAUCGUGUUUGGUUGGGUCUCAUACAGACCAGGACUGGCCCUUGGUGGGAUUUUGUAGGGUUUGUGUAAUAUAUAUACAUAUAUUAUAUAUUUUGAAGAACUCACAUUAUUCAAGACCUGUUGUUUUAAAAAUGCUCUUUAUCAUUCAAA